AUGAGUUACAACACUGGCGGCGCCGCAGGCCUCAGAGCUCGUAUCGCCAAACGUGUCAUUGAAGAGGAUAUUAAAGUCUCUCGUGGGAAACUCGGAUCUUUCGUUUCUGUUCCUUCCUUAGGUCAUCCGGCUCCUGGAUACGAGGACUUGACUCCAGAAAAGCUUAGAGCCCCUCCCAAGGCAGGGCUUAAACCCGUCGACUUCAAUGUCGGGGUUGUUGGGGGCGGAAUGGCUGGUCUUUAUACAGCAAUGAUCCUCGAGGAUCUCGGUAUAUCCUACGAAGUCCUUGAAGGCUCAAAGGACUGCGGAGGAAGAGUCUGGACCCAUUACUUCUCUGACCCCAAGAAGGAGGGGGAUUACUAUGACGUUGGUGCCAUGCGCUUUCCCGAUAUCGCUAUUAUGAAAAGGAUCUGGAAGCUGUUUAAGGAGCUAGGAAUCGAAAGGGACCAGUCAGCGAAUCCAGCACAGGAGGCUCUAAUUCCCUACUACUUUGCAGGGCCACAAAACCCUCUGUAUUACAACGACAGGUUGGUGGUUGCUCAAGGACCUGGAGAGAACGUCGACGAAACAGACGUUGAUCCUUUUCGUGUGAAACAACUAACACCCGAGAUUAGCUUUGUCAAAAAGGGCUACGAGAAUAUUCUCAAGGAAAUAGUUGAUGACUGGAAGGAUGGUUUUGCGACAAAUUUCGAGCAGACCUGGAUCGAUCUCAUGAGGCAAGAUGCACAAUGCGCAACCGUGCGGUCAUAUAUGGCUGACAAGCUCUCGUCUGAAAAGUACAAACCGAGAGAUAUUUACUACGUCGCCAAUUGGUGCGAAACUAUGGAUGCGGCUACCAACCAGUACGACUCUUCAUUUGUCGCCCUUCUUCUCCACUCCCUCGAAUUUGACUAUCCAUUACACCCGGCUAGUAGCUAUGACCGUUGUGGCCCUAAGGUAGACCCCGAGAAGAAUAUAUGGUGGUGCCUCAACGGAGGAACGAGCGUUCUCACCCACCGAAUGCUAAGGAAGCUCGAUUCCACCGUCAUCUUGGCUGUCACUGUCGAUGAUACUUCAACCGGAGCCAAGGUGCAGGUUACCAAGACCUACUCCUAUCUCAUCACAACAUGUACCACUCCUGCGCUUCAGAUAAUGGAUCUCCGUGAGGCACAACUGAAAUACAGCCAUCGUGAGGCGAUUCGCGUCCUACGCUGCGACAACUCGGUGAAGGUCGGUAUUAAAUUCAAGUACCACUGGUGGGCCGAUGAUAAUGGAAUCAUAAGAGGUGGACUCGGAAAGACACAUCGCCCAACUCGAGUUAUUGUCUAUCCAUCAUAUGUGCUCAAUACUCCGCGUGGUCACGAAGGGGUUCUCCUGGCCUGCUACAAUUGGGCCCAAGAUGCCGCGUGUCUUGGUACCUAUUGCGAUGAGGAAAUUGUGUCUCUUGUGAUCGCAGAUCUCCCAAUCAUGCACAACAAGACGGAGUCCGACCUGCGAGAUGCUAUGGACUGCUACCACGUGCAUGACUGGAAUCGUGAUCCUCGCACCGGAGGAGCCUUUGAGUUAUUUGGCCCCGGCCAAUUCGCUACUCUAUUUCCCAAAAUCCAAAGGCUUACUGCAGAUGGCAGACUGAUAUUUGCUGGCGAGUUAACCAGUAUUUACCACGGCUGGAUAGUGGCGUCCUUGAACAGCUCGUUCAGGGCGGUUCAUCAGAUGUUACUGGCGCAGUGGGGGAAGAGCACGCCUGAGGAGAAAGAUUAUAUUGCAUGUCUCAUUUGGAAAUUACUUGAGAACUGGGGAGGGGAUGAUCACGAGCCUACUGCAGGAGCGGAAUAUGACACAUACCCACAGGGGACGGCCGGGUGGCAGGUGUUUCUGGGAACACGCAAAGCGGAUAUUUGA